AUGAGUCGUCGCACAGUUCUUGUCACAGGUGCCAAUGGAUAUAUUGGCAACGCGGUGGCAAAGGAAUUCAACAGAGCUGGAUGGAAAACGUACGGCUUGAUCCGUCGGGCUGAAGAUGCAUCUGAUCUGGAACAACAUGAAAUCCACGCCAUCAUCAGUAGUCCGAAGGAGGUGAUAUCAGCGAACCUCAUCCCCGAUGAUCUCACGUUCGAUGUGAUCGUUUCAAAUACGGAAGACUGGUCCGAUUAUAUAACCCACUUCAACGAUGUGAAGAAGAUGUUGGUGCAUCUGGGCCAACAAUCCUUGGAUAAAACUGGUAUCCGGCCUCUCGUUUUACUUAGCAGUGGCUGCAAAGACUAUGGCAUGACAGGCUAUCAUGGCGAUCCUGACCUUGCGCCGCAUACUGAAUCAAGUCCCCUCACCGCGUUCCCCAUUCUUCUUCCACGAACGAAUAGCGCGGCCAACCUUAUGGAAGAAAGCCGUCAGCCAGAUACGUCGCUACCGUUUGAUGUCACUGUCUUGCGCCCCACAAAUGUAUAUGGAUAUGGAUCUAGCUAUUACGGCGCCUUAUUUGCCUUUGCGUCAAAAAGCCAGGAAAGGGGAGGUAUUUUGCGAAUAGAGGCUGAGCCUGAGAAUAUUAUGCACUCUGCCCAUGUUGAUGACUGCGCGACGGCAUAUGUUGCAUUGGCGGAGCAUCCUCAGCGAAAGGAAGUCAGCGGCCAGGCUUUCAAUAUAUCAAACAUUAAAUACGAGACCCUUCGAGACAUUUGCAAUGCACUUGCAAGCUCGUAUGGAUUGAAGGUUGAGUUCGCCGAGCCAAAGCCUAUGGGCGAAGUUGUUCCGGGAAUGAUUGAGGCGUUGCUAAAGUACACACAGUGGGUAUCUUCGGAAAAGGUUCGUUCCAUUACUGGAUGGACCGAGAGACGUCCUUCUUUCACACAGGGCAUUGAGGAAUACCGCCUGGCAUAUGAAGCUGCAUUGGCUGCCAAGCAUUAUGGCACAGUCAAAAUCAAUUCGACAUUCCAAGAUCCUAGUGAUGUAGUUCGUCAAUGGAACAGGACAAAAGGUUUGUGA